GCAGUCACUGCGACCGCGAGGGGUACGGCGAAAGUCGUCACUUCUGCUGUUCCACAGACGUCAUCGCAAAGCGCAAACAAUGGAAACGUUCGGAGCUGUCCUUCUCGCAAUCCUGGCAUUCGCUGGUGGUUCGUCUGCCGCGAAGAUUUUGGUUAUUUCGCCGACCGCUUCGUUCAGCCACCAGUUGCCGUUUCACAUCGUGACCAAAGCACUCCUCGAAAGAGGACACCGCGUCACUUUGAUGACAACAGACUCCCCAAAGAUAAAUAAUGAAAACUACACAGAAGUGGACCUGUCAAUCUCUUACAAGCAUAUGCGCGGUGACUAUGAUUUUGUGAAGAUGUCCCAAGAACCACCAACGGAGACGGUCAAAAUGUUGCGUGACUUUCCAAGAGCUUCAAUAGAGCUGCAGAUGAGUGAUCCACAAGUUCAAAAAUUCGUAAAUUCCGGUGAGAAGUUCGACCUGGUGAUUUUCGAGCGCCUCGGCUACCUGGCGUACUACGGGCUGAUCCAGAGGGUGGGCGCGCCGCCCGCGGUGGCCUUCAUCACGCUGUCGCCGCCGUCGUCCGUCUACCACGGCUUCGGCAACCCGAUGAACCCCGCCUACAUGCCCGACAUGUGGCUCGGCUACUCGGACCACAUGAACUUCUGGCAGCGCCUCUACAACACCUACUUCUACCUGAGGCUGAUGUACAUGUGGUUCUACGACCUGAUGCCCGCUCAAGAGCAGCUGAUGCACAAGUACUUUGGGUCCGAUCUUCCACCUAUCUACGAGAUGGAAAGAAACUUCAGCCUCUUAAUCAUUAACAACCACUUCUGCAUGGAGUAUCCCCGGCCACAUCUUCCAAAUAUCAUCGAGCUGACCGGCAUACACGUCGCGACUGAGCAGAAGCCACUGCCAAAGGACGUGAAGAAAUUCCUGGACGAAGCUGAGCAUGGAGUGAUCUACUUCAGCCUGGGCUCUAAUGUCCGCAGCAACUCACUGCCAGACUGGAAGCGACAGGCAUUUGUGGAGGCAUUCCGCGAGUUGCCACAGCGCGUUCUCUGGAAGUGGGAGAGUGACACCCUGCCCGACCAGCCAGCCAACCUCAUGGUCAGCAAGUGGCUGCCCCAGCAGGACAUACUGGCCCACCCUAACGUGCGGGUGUUCAUCAGCCAGGGCGGGCUGCAGAGCCUCAACGAGGCGGCGUACCACGCCGUGCCGCUGCUGGUGGUGCCCUUCUUCUCCGACCAGGCCCACAACGCCGCCAAGGUGCGGCAGGCACAGGUGGGGCUCUGGCUGGAGUACGCCGACGUCACCAGGGACGCUCUGCUGCGCGACCUCAAGGCUAUACUGCACGACAGCAAGUACAAGGAGAACAUGAAGCGGCUGUCUGCGGUGUUCAGGGAACACAAGGCGGACUCGGUGGAGCGCGCCGUGUGGUGGCUGGAGUACGUGCUGCGCCAUAACGGCGCACCGCACCUGCGCAGCGCCGCCCUGGACCUCCGCUGGUGGCAGCUCCUGCUGCUCGACGUCAUCGCCUUCGUGGUGGCCGCCGCCGCCGGCGCCUCCGCCGCCGCCUACCUGCUGGCGAGGCGCCUCUUCAGCCGGCUCAGCGCCUGGAGGGUCAAAGCCAAAGUCGCGUGAACGCCAGCGUCUCCAGAACUGUGUCAUUUGCCUCGUACUAGCUGCAAAGUGGUGUCACAGUGGAGCCUUCUGAUAAUGCGUCUGCUCCACGGGCCUCCUUGUGUAUUCUUUUCAGCAUUGAUGGGGCUCCUUUACCGUCACCAGUCCAAAAAAAUACUGCACAUCGACGUCGUUCAGUACGUGGUGUUGCAACUAAAUUACCAGUAGUUAUGUGCUGUCGCGUGAGUCUCAUACAGAGCAUUGCACUCUGUGGCUGACUCUAAUGCAAAACUUUGCUAAUGAUAAUCCCAAAUUGCAUUCGUAGAUCAUAUUUGUAUUCUGCAUCAGUGUGUCAGGUCUCGAAGGCGGCCGUAUGCAACCGCUGCCUGUAUCCCUGGGCAGGAUGACAGAGCCGACUUGUAAUCUGAGACAUUCAGGCUGUCGACUACUACACGCCCAGCACCAACGCGUCACGCUGGCAACAUUUCAUGUCAGCGAUCACUGCCCCACUUUGUUCUGCCAGCUGACCGACGAGUACAGUAAGGCGCAAGAAUUACUAUACUUGUUUUGCAAAGUACACCCGUAGACACACACAAAUAUUUGCUCACUUAGCUGAAAAGUUGCUAUUCUUUCAAUAGUUUAGUCGAAGACAUUCUGAAAGAAGCCAGUAGCUGUAACUGAACAAAUUGAACAUCGCUAGCAGAUUGCUUUCCAUCGGAAGGAAUACCACGUAAUCUGUGUAUACCUACGAUAGGUGACAGGCACGACCUGUUAAAAGAAACGACGUCAAACUACACAGCUACCAAUUAUAUACAGCCUAAAGUGGCAAAAAGAAGUGCAUGAGAAACACAUUUCUCGAAUUUGUAUAUGUAUUACUUCCAGUCAUGCGUUAUUACACAAAAAUAAAAGAAAUAAACGCACUGCACAAAAGAAAAAAGUAUAUUUAUUUCAAUCUAAAAAAAAAUGGUUCAAAUGGCUCUGAGCACUAUGGGACUUAACUUCUGAGGUCAUCAGUCCCCUCGAACUUAGAAUUACUUAAACCCAACUAACCUAAGGACAUCACACACAUCCAUGCCGGACGCAAGAUUCGAACCUGCGACCGUAGCGGCCGCACGGUUCCAGACUGUAGCGCCUAGAGCCGCUAGGCCACUCCGACCGGCUUUUAAUCUAAAAUACGGCACAUAUAGGUAAAGAAAAAUCACUCAUUCUUGCUGCAUCGUGCACAAAUCUGCUUUGCUAGAACUCGAACAAAAGUUGGUGGCUACGUAUCUCACAAUUUGAAGCACUGAUUUUUCUUACUUUUCAUAAUCAGGAACAGAAUAUGGCGCUUUUACAGUAGCACUUUGAACCUUUCAUGGUAUUUCAUUCUCAUCAACUGCAUCUUGACGAAUCCAGCAUUUUCUUAUUCAUAAAUACCAACAGGGAUUCAGAAGACGAUGCACGUAAUCUACAAGACAUAUAGUAAACAGCCACACAUAAUCAGUGGAUGGAACUUCUCUCCAGGUUUGUAGCUCACAUUACAGAUGAUCGGUAUUGUCACCGUCUGUGGUGCGACACUUGCCAGUAUGAAGAUCAAAUUCCUGCCACACGCGUCCCAACAUGGCAUGGUCAGUAUCAACAUUCCUUACAACUCUUCCAAACUGGCAGUGGAGACAGCAACACGUGAUCUUUGACGUAACUCAUAAGAAGAAAUCACAUGGAGUUAAGCUAGGUGACUAAGAGGACAACUAAAGAAGAGAUGAGUCAUGAUUCGUUGCUUCUAAAGUCCAACGCUGAGGCAGUUUGGCAUCGAGGAGAUCACGAAUGUGGGGAAUAAAGUGUAUUGGAGCACCAUCAAAUUGCAAAAUCAAGUCAGCGCUGUCUUGCAGUAAUUGUGGCGUAACCAAUUUCUGAAGCACGACCACAAGCACGAAACCAGUCACAGAUUUCUCCGAAAAAAAAAAUGUUCAUAAAUUUUGCAAGAGAUAUGGGAUAAAAGACACCUACUUCAGGAAAACCGCUAAUGUCUGCCACAGUCUCGCAUAAACCUUCUUUGCCUCAAAAACGCGGGUUGUGACAAUUCACCUUUCCACAUACAUGAAACGUGGCUUGAUCACUACAACCAGGUUCUGUGAGAAGUCUUUCUGCAGUAGCUGCUGCUAGUCAUUGUAAGCGUCAGAACGGAGCUCUCUGUUCCGAGUGGGAACCGCAUGUAUCAACUGCAACCUGUACUGUUUUACACGUGAAAGUUUGCGGAAAACGCGACCGACAGCUAACGGCUGUAGCUGCAGUUGUCCGAUCGAACGUGCCGUCACGUUCUCCUGGCUCCUCCUUUGCUGGCGGUACCAACCGGCCUGAAUUCUCAGCUGAGUUUUUACCUGAUAUUUGGGACGAAAUCGUCGCUGAACCCGUCACAACUGACUCACAUUUAGCGAUUCAAGGACACAAAACGCACGCGUCGCUCCAUUAUACACCAUUUUCGGACUCCGCUGCCCUCUAGUGGCGCGUUCUGCAAUCACGCCACGGCGUGUAUUGCGAAGCUAAGCUUGGAGAGACGUUCCAUCCACUGAUAUGUGUAUAUUAUCUGUAUGUCUUGUAGUUUAUAAGCAGCUGUCUCCUGACAUCCUGGUGGUACUUGCCAGUAACAUGCAGUGGCUGUUUUUAGUAGACUACACCGUCGUUUCAAAAAAGUUACAGUUUUCAAGGAAAAAAUGUAUUAAAAUAUAAUGUGCUUUUCAUGUAAUUUUGCUCAAUGUUUGUACUUACUAUUUUGAUGAAAGUAUACCUUUCAGGAGUGGACCAUGUACGUACAGUACUUUACAUGUGGUGCAGAACACAACACUGUGCUAUUUGCUACUGUAUGUUUUACGAACGACUGAAGAAUACUUAUUUUUUAAUAAAUUAUCUUUCAUAACCAA